UCUUCCUUAUAUCUAAUUGGAUGUGAUUAGCACCAACCCCACUCAACCAGCUCCAGCUUCCAAUGUCUGUGAGAUCAACUCCAUUCUAGAGAGAGAGGGAGAGAGAGUGCUCUGUGUGUUUUCUCAUUGUGCAAUGGUUUCCAGUUAUGGUAAUGGCGUGAUGACCAGGAUUCAGAGAGGAAAUGGGCCUCUCUGAAUUCCAAACCUUUUCAUUGUUUCAGGCUUUGGAACUCUUUUCUUAGCUGGGAUAAAAGUUGGGUUGAGUGAAUGUGAGGUUUCAAGAAAAGAUAUAUAUAUAUAUAUGUAUAUAUAUUACGUUCUGGGUUAACCUUCUUUGAUCAAGUUCUUAUGGGAUUUCCUGGUUUAUUUCCCCAUAGUUAUUUCAAUUUGCUAUCUUUCAGAGGUUUCUGAGCUACCAAAAGACUUUCAGGACUGUUAGACUGGUGGAAAAUCUCAGUUGAUAUUUGACUUUGAAAAGGGUCUAGUUGUUACAUAUGACUUUUAAAACCAUCAGGGAAACAGAAGCCAAUUGUUGUAACAUAGGUGUCAUUGCUAGUUCUUUUUUCAGAGAAAUUAAAACAUUCAGAGAGCUCUUUUGAACUCUGGCAAUGUCGGUUGUUGAUCCCUGAUAGUUUGAAAAGCAUUGUUUGAACCCCUACAUACUUGUCUAACUUUUGAAAAGAUUUUGGUUGGUUGAGUUCUUUAUACAGGGCAAAUCUCCUCUUGGCACUGAAUGAACCCAGAAAGAAUCUUUGGAUUCUUUUUUGGGGCAAAUCUCCUUUGGCAAUAGAUAUAGGAUCUUUUGGUUAUUUUAGCAUACAUAUUGUUGUUACUUCAGGUUUCAGCUCUAUUGGGCAAAUCUCCUUUGGCAAAGUUACUUUAUCCCCUUGGUUUGGUGACAUUUCCCUUUAUCAUUUGGAAUUGAUCUAUCAUCUUUACGCCACCCUUCCAGUAGGAAAGAUCUCCUUUGGCACUUGAUAUUGAGGGGUAAAUUCACUCAUUCCUUUGAGACUUAUCUCAUCUUGCAGUUGCAUAUCAUUGGUAUCUGCAGUUGGAAACUUCGAAUCAAGAUUUCAUCUAAGAGGUCUUCCUCUAGCAGAAAUCUUCAGUCCAUAAAUUGGGCAAAUCUCCUUUGGCAUUAGGAAGACCUUAGUUGGCUUCCAUCGUCCUUGUUGGGCAAAUCUCCUUUGGCAUCACAUCUCCAUUUUUGGAGAUACUGACACAUUAUUUGUGUCAAUUAUCAACUGGAUAUUCAAGUGUUCAUCACAAAGAAUUGUUCUAGUUGCCACUAGGUUUUCCUGUAGGUUCUACUAACACUGCUCAUCCUUAAAGAAGUACACAUCGAGAGCCGAAAUAGAAGUUGGAUUGUCCACAUUGCUAAAAAAGGCUUGAGUGAUGGAUCUAUUCGCAAUCGACUCUGACUGGGAAAGUUCGAGUGAUAGUGGAAUGGAGGAUCAAGAAGAACUCGACUUUUUGUAUGGUGGGCAAGCUCAAAGCAUUUUUUCAAGUUUGGAGCAGAGCAUUGAAAAAAUUGACGAUUUUCUCUCAUUUGAAAGAGGAUUUAUGCAUGGGGACAUGGUUCUUUCAGUGACUGAUCCAUCGGGUCAGAUGGGCAGAGUUGUUGGCAUUGACAUGCUUGUUGAUUUGGAGAAUGUUCAAGGAAAAAUAGUAAAAAAUGUGAACUCCAAAAUUCUCUCAAAAAUUCGAUCCUUUUCAGUUGGAGAUUUUGUUGUUUGUGGACCAUGGCUUGGUAAAGUGGCUAGAGCCAUUGAUCAUGUAACUGUUAUCAUUGAUGAUGGGACUAAAUUUGAAGUCAAUACCAUGGAUCAGGACAAGCUACUACCAGUAUCUCCUAACAUACUUGAAGAUGCACAAUACCCAUACUAUCCAGGGCAGAGAGUCAAGGUUAAGCUCUCAAAUGGUUCCAAGUCAGCCAGAUGGCUAUGUGGUACAUGGAGGGCACAUCAAGAUGAAGGAACUGUUUGUGGUGUGGAAGCUGGUUUGGUGUAUGUUGAUUGGCUUGCCUCUCUUCUUACACCUAAUAAUCCUGAUCUUCCUUCUCCUCCGCGUGUGCUGAACUCCAAAAAAUUGACGUUACUGUCAUGCUUUCUGCAUGAAAAUUGGCAACUUGGUGAUUGGUGUAUACUUCCAACUUCUGCUCCUGCAUCAUCUACACAAACACACAUGAACACUCAUAAGACAUUUGAAAGAGGACUUGGAAGAAAUUCUUGCUCAAACAUUGAGGAAAUAUUUGUGAUUGUCAAGACAAAGACCAAAAUUAAUGUUGUGUGGCAAGAUGGCAGUACCUCUUUGGGACUAGACUCACCAAUGUUGCUUCCCGCUAGUGUAGUAAAUUCUUAUGAGUUUUUCCCUCAACAGUUCAUACAAGAAAAAGGCACAUGUGAUGAUCCUCACACGUUUAACAGCCAAAGAUGGGGUGUUGUUUUGGGUGUGGAUGCAAAGGAAAGAACUGUGAAGGUACAAUGGAGAACUGUUACCGCUCCUGAGCCGAAUAAUUUGGAUGAUGAGUAUACAGUAGAAACUGUAAGCGCAUACGAAUUGAUUGAGCACCCAGAAUACUGCUACUGUUUUGGUGAUCUAGUGUUCAGGUUGGUGCAGAAUCAAUUUAACGACGAAGCUGAUAAAGACCAUCCAAACACUGAGUUUUCCAAGAGUGAAGACGGUACAAACUAUGCUAAGAACAAGUUCUCUGAUACAUGCUAUCUAUCCUGCAUUGGCAAUGUUACGGGCUUCGAAGAUGGUGGUGUGGAGGUGAGAUGGGCUAAUGGUAUUACAAGCAAGGUUGCUCCUUAUGAACUUGUUCGGGUUGAUAAACAUGAAGGUUCAGCUGCAAUCUCUGUGGAUGAAGAAGUUGAGGACUUGAACGAAGAUAUGAUUGAACAUGACAAACAAUUUUCAAGAGACAAAAAAAUGAAUUUGCUUAAUUCCAGUGCGGUUGGUGGUGGAUGCAAGAAACACCUAUGGGAGACCACUUCCUUUUCUCUUCCACAAGCUGCCAUCGGAUUUUUCACAAGCAUAGCUGCAAGUCUACUUGGAACUUUUGAUUCCAAAUUGGAUCCAGAUUCAACACCAUUAGUUCAAGUUCCUGAAGUUCAAAGUGAAUCUGGGAUCUCUAAUCCAAAAGAAGUGCUGGAAGGGAUUGAUCUUUGCUCUGAACCAGAACUAAUAGCCGAGUUUGGUAUAUUUGGCAACAGACAUAUAAAUCAGGAAGCCAAACAGAUUCAAGAGGAUAAAGAUCUACCACAUGUGACCGAAACUGAUAAUCUAAAUAAGUUUAGUCAGUUUGAUAUGGUUGCAGACUGUUCCGACCACCAUUUUCUUGACACCGGUGCAGGGUUCACAUUGUCUCAGGCCAAAAGAAGUUGGCUAAAGAAGGUUCACCAGGAAUGGAGCAUACUAGAGAAAAAUCUCCCUGAAACAAUCUAUGUCCGAAUCUUCGAGGAAAGGAUGGAUAUAAUCCGAGCAGCCAUAGUUGGUGCACCUGGAACUCCAUAUCAUGAUGGUCUUUUCUUCUUUGACAUUUAUCUACCUCCAGAAUAUCCUCAUGUUCCACCAAUGGUACACUAUAAUUCUGGUGGUCUCCGUCUUAACCCCAACUUAUACGAGUCCGGAAAGGUCUGUCUCAGUCUUCUCAACACAUGGACUGGCUCAGACACCGAAGUGUGGUCAGAGACCUCCACUAUUCUUCAAGUGCUUCUCUCACUUCAGGCUCUUGUGCUUAAUGAAAAGCCUUACUUCAACGAAGCUGGUUACGAUCAGCAGAUAGGAAAAGCUGAAGGGGAGAAAAACUCAGUAAGCUACAAUGAGAAUGCAUUCCUUGGGACCUGCAGGUCCAUGUUGUUCCUACUCCGUAGGCCACCUAAGCAUUUUGAGGCCUUUGUGGAUGAACACUUAGGUAAACGCUCUCAUCAUAUUCUAAUGGCUUGUAAGGCAUAUAUGGAAGGAGCUCCAGUGGGUUGUGCUAAAACCGAAGACGACCCUCCAAAGGGAAGCUCAACAGGGUUUAAAAUUAUGCUUUCUAAAAUCUUUCCAAAACUUGUUGAGGCCUUUUCCAGUAAGGGAAUCGAUUGCAGCCAAGUUAAAUUGCCAGAAAAAUGAACAGAAGCUGCAAAGUUUCAAGUGACAGGAAGAUUUCAUAACCAAAUCUUUCUGUGCUUUUGUAUAAUCUGUAUAAUAGUUAGUGUGCUGAUUGAAUUCCAUCCAACAAAAAAAAAAAAAAAAGAAAAAAAAAUCUAACAAAAGCAAAAUGAUAAUGCUUUUGGAACAUGUUAUGUUUGUUCUGAGUAUGUGGUGAUUGAUUCCAUAAUAAGGUAUGUAAUAUAUUAAAGUGUAUUGGAAAUUUGUCAUCUUCCUCCUCGAGGCCUUAAAAUGUUGUAAUAUAUGAAUUGGUGUUGUGGAGGAAACUGUAAGCUUUUCAAUAGCAAUAAGUUGGAUUUAUGUGAUUUUGUUUAUGAUUAA